AUGUUAAUCAUCAUUUUGUUAAAUUUAUAAGUUGCAGUAUACACGCGUUAUGCAACAACACAGGUAAAAAAUACUGUAGCCUUUAAAUAAUAUAAACUUUAUACAAGUGAGACCUCAGUAUUUAAGGCAGGACAUUCAAUAAAUUUAGAAUAAAAUCUCAUUUUAGAAAUCAGAUAAGAAAACAUUGAUUAAGUUGAUAUUCAAAUCUAUGAUGAGGCAAAUAAACACUUUAGAAUACCAUCAGAUCCUCCUUUCAACUAUAAUGAUGUGAAGGAUCCUUAAUAAUUUAAUUCUUAUGAUUAUGACAUAAGAGUAUAGUUCAAUCCUAUUGUGAUUCAAGUACAAAGAGAUAAUGCUACAAUUUUUACAAUAACUGAUUUAAUCUUUAGUGAAACAUAUAUUGAAUUCACUCAUAUUCCACAAAAUAAAUAAAUGUGGGGUUUGGGAGAAAGAAAUUAAGUUGGAUUUCGUUUCAAAGAGGGAAUCUACACAUUAUUUGCAAGAGACGAACCCAAUAUAAUAGAAAAUGGAAAACGACCAGGAAAACAUGUAUAUUCUAGUCACCCCGUUUUAUUAAGUAUGGAAGAAAGUGGGAAAUUCAAUGUGAUGUUCUACAAAACAUCAUCUCCCAUGGAUGUGCAUUAUGAAGAGGAUAAAAUGAAAUUCAUAACCAUAGGUGGAAUCAUCCAUGUAAAAUUAUUUUUGGGUGACACUUCUCCCAGAUCUGCAAUUAAAAAAUAUCAUAAAUAUUUGGGUGGUUGGAUGCUCCCACCAUUUUGGGGAUUUGGAUUUCAUCAAUGCAGAUGGGGAUAUAAAAAUAGCAGUGUUUUAAUAGAUGUUGUAUAAUAGUAUUAGAAAAAUCUUAUACCAAUUGAUAUAAUCUGGACUGAUCUUGACUAUAUGGAUGAUAGAUAAAUAUUCUCGGUUGAUAAGCAUAAAUUUCCAAAGAAGGACUUUUAAUACUUAAAAGGGUUGGGUGUCAGAUAUAUUCCAUUGUUAGAUGUGGCUGUUGGAGUGAAAUAUGGAAGUGAAGAUGAAGGCUACAGAAAGGGAACAGAGUAUGAUGUUUUUUUAUAUUCUCCAUAUACUGGAUAUCGAUUUUAGGGAUAUGUUUGGCCUGGCGAUUCCUAUUUCCCUGAUUUCUUUCAUCCAAAUAUCAGUAAAUAUUGGAAUGAGAUGCAUGAACAUCUAUAUGAAUAAGUGGAAUUCGAUGGUCUAUGGGUUGAUAUGAAUGAACCAGCUAAUUUCUGUGAAGGAGAAUGUGAUUGGAACAAAUUGAAUAAUGAAAUCAUCUUUCCAUACAUCCCAGGAUAAAUACCAUUGGCUAAUAAGACAUUGCCUCCUCAUUUGUUACAUCAUGGCCAAUAUUUACAUAAGGAUGUACAUAAUCUCUAUGGAAUCAUGGAUUCUUACUAUACUUAUUAAGCUCAAAAAGAAUUGGGGAAGGUGCAGCCAUUCCAAAUCACCAGAUCUACAUUUCCAGGUACUGGUAAAUAUGCUUAACAUUGGACAGGAGAUAAUGGAGCAUCAUGGGAUUUCCUUUAUUUAUCGCUGGGACAAGUAUUUUAAUUUUAAAUAUUCGGAAUUCCAAUGGUCGGAGCUGAUGUUUGUGGCUUUAUGGGUGACACAAACGAUAAGCUCUGUUGUAGAUGGAUUUAGCUGGCCUUCUUUUACCCCUUUUUCAGAAACCAUAAUAAUGAUUUAUCGAAACCAUAAGAGUUCUACAAUCUUGGCUUUCAUGUUAUUCAAUCUGCUUAAAAAAACAUCCAUCUCAGAUAUACAUUAUUGAAAUGGUUUUAUUCUGUUUUUAUUAGAGAAUAAAAUCAUGGCUCAAUAAUAAAUCCCUUGUUUUUCAUCUUCCCUGAGGACUAUCUUACAUACAGAGACUUUGUAAUGGACACUCAAUUGUUGAUAGGAGAGGAGUUGAUGGGUGCCCCAAUUCUCGAAGAAGGAGUUACUAGAAUUGCAUAUUUCCCAGAUUCGAACUGGUAUGAUCUCAUUACUGGAUUGGAAUUGAAGGGCAAAUAAGAUCAUACUCUGUAUUGUUCAUACAAUGAAAUAGUUCCAAUAUUUUUAAGAAGUGGAUACCUAGUGAUACAAAAUACAAAAGAAAUGAUUAAAAAUCUUAAAUCUUUAGAUAAUCAUUAUAGAAUUAUUGCAGCUCCAUUAAACCAAGAAGCAAAAGGAGUAUUCGCAGAUUUAGAUAAUUUUGAAGAUGAAGAAAAGGCACUUGAAGCUGAAAUUAUUAAUAUAAAAUUAGCAGUUGAAGAGAAGAGUAUAAAGAUUACGAUUUCUUAAAGUCACUCAGAAUUAUUGAUAGAUGAGAUAUUGAUUUACGGUUUAGAAUGUUCAUACAAGUAAUGCACGUCUGGGUAUUAUAAAUACAACUCAGUAUUCAAAGGUCCAUUUAGUUUGGGACAAGAUAAAACAGAAUUAGUGCUAAAAUGA